AUGGGAUACCUUGUUAAACUCAAAGAAAUAGCGUUGUUGGAUUGCAUCAUAAAUGCAAUCCAACAACGCUCAGGUAGAAAACGUGUUUAUAACUUUGAAUAUUUGACUUUGAAAGAUUGUAUAACAUGUUCUAUAGAAAACAAUUUCUAUGUAAAUUAUUUUUUCAGAAAUAACAUAUCAGCUGCACCAGGAUAUCAAGAUGUCAAGGAACAAAUGGCUUCCCACGUUAUUAAAGAAAAGCUAUGCAGUGAAAGUGGUAACACCAUUUCAUUGAAGACAGGAGGUAGUAAGCUAAAAUUAUCUAUUGGAUCUGAGAAUACUCCAAAAACAACUAAUUUUACUCACAAAAAUCUUCUUUGCAUACAGAAUUCUCUUUCCUUAAGUAAUCAUCAAAUUAUAAAACUUGCUAAUAUGAUAAGAGUUGUUGAAAAAAGAAGAAACGCUGUAGAACCUGGACUGAAAGACUGUGUCUCUGAUUUGGAUAGUUAUCUUCUCCCAUUAUUUACUGAAGAAAAUAUUUUAUUUGAAUUUAAAAAUAAAGAUAAAACUUUGGAAUAUAAAAAUACUACAGUCGCGUACUGCAAUGAUGUUACUCUUUUUGUUAAACUGCUCCUGGAUCUUAAAUGUGUUGAUUCUAAGAAUCAGUUGUUUAAAAUUGCUGUUGAUGGGGGAAGUGGUUUUAUCAAAUUUUGUUUAAACAUAGUUGAUAUCAAUGAAAUUUUUGAAAAUUACGGCAAGUUUGACAUAGAUCACCUUAAAACAAAACCCGUAACAGCUUGCAGGGGUUCAUAUAAAGAUGGUCUAAUAAAGAAAUUCAAAGAUUCGUCAGUAAAUGCUUCAUUUCUUCUUCUGGUAGCUCCAGAGAUCCCAGAAAGAUAUUUUAACAUUAAAAUAUUAUUUGAAAAACUAAAUCUUGAUAAAGUUGAGCACAUUGGGGUAUGCGACAUAAAACUUAGUCAAAUUCUGACAGGUAUAUCUCCAAGUAGCAGUUCGAUUCAUCCCUGUUAUGUAUGUGAGUGGGAUAGAAGAGAAACUUGGAAAAAUGCUCCAUACAGAACCUUUGAGAGCUGUCAAGAAAACUAUACAAAAUUCAAAGAAUCUGGUUCAAAACCUAAGUGUGCACAACAUUUUAAGAAUUGUAUAAACCCUGUAUUAGUACAUGGAAACCCCUCUGAAUUUCUUAUAGAUAGACUUGUUUUACCGGAGCUUCAUAUAAUGGACGGAACAGUCAAUCAUGUAAUGGAUAACAUGGAGCAGAUUUGGUCGGAAAUGAGUAUGAAGGAGAUUUAUGAACAGUUGCAAAUUAUUAAGACUGGUCAGCAUGGUGGAAAAUUUAAUGGAAAUUCUUCUCGAAAAAUUCUUAAAAAGUGGGAAGUGUUUUAUGAUAAGCUGCCAAUUAAACUAAAGUCUUUUGGAGAAUGCUUAAGGUUAUUAAAUUUAGUUGUUGAGUCUUGCUUUACAUCCGGACUUGAUGAAAACUUUCAAACUAAUAUCGAAAAUUCAAAAGCCUGCUAUAAAAAGUUGAUGUUAGAACAUGGUAUUACUUUAACGCCAAAAUUCCAUAUCCUGUUCAAUCAUGUAUCUGAAUUCUGUAAAACAAAAAAAAUGGGCCUUGGAGUUUAUUCGGAGCAAUCUGGAGAAAGUGUUCACUAUCUCUUCAAAACUGCCUCAUGGAACCGCUACAAGGUGUCCGCAAAUAAUUCUAAUUAUGAACAUAAUUUAGUAAGGGCAUUAAGUUCUUAUAAUGGAAAACAUCUUGUUUCUCUUGGAAAUGUUGAUAUUUUUUAG